UCUGGCUCUGUUGUUGAUCCUCAACCUUCUCCCAACAUUGAACACCAUACACCACAAUGGCCACUACAUUCGACCGCCGUCGAAUCGCGGCGCCCGAGGACUCUCACCCGCCCAUCUACGAGAAUGCCGCGUCGUCGAGCUCAAAGCAGGCAGACUCUGGAUCAGUCUACCUGAAGACUGGACUGGUGACUCAGGCAAACGGAAGUGCAUAUAUCGAGGCCAACGGCGUUAAGAUUGCAUGCUCUGCGUUUGGACCGCGUCCCAAGCCUCCACCCUACUCCCCCCAAGGCUCGCUGAACGUCGAGGUCAAGUUUGCACCUUUCGCAAGCCACUCACGACGAGCACCACUGAGAGAUACUGAGCCCGUCAACCACUCGGUCCUCCUGACCCAGCUGUUGCUGCCAUCGCUCCGCCUUCACCUCCUCCCCAAGCUGUCGAUUGAUGUCCACGUGCUCGUCCUGGAGGGUGACUCGGACGCGGCGGUUCUUUCGGCUGGCCUGACAGCUUGCUCUGCUGCCAUUGCCGACGCUGGGAUCCCCAUGUCUGGUCUCACUGUUGGGAGCUCUGUGGCUUCUCACGACGAUUCGCUACUCUUGAACCCAGCGGCGAGCGACUUGGCCUCUGCACAGGCGACUGUGACUGUUGGAGCCAUGCCCGCCCUUGGCAGGAUAACCAGCUUCCACUUUGUCGGAGAGGCGGACCUCGAUGAGGCUUGCAAGAUGGUGGAGCUUGGCGUGACUGGAGCCAAGCCGACGCACACGAUUCUGGCCCAAGCUCUGGUCGAAAGCUCUACAGCGUGAGCGCCAUGGUCAGCAUGGACUGAGAGCGGCCAGCUGCGGCGAAGCGCGUGUUGUAAUCUUACUAGAGUCAGUGGCACAGCUCUACCAGCAGUCAAGGUGUGACAGUGACCACCCAAAGUCAUUGCAGCCACAAAACGUCAUUGAGGAC